UGUGUGUGAUAUGUAACAACCGUUCCUUGUAUUUGUCUGAAAAUGGCCGUACACUUUGGCCGGGGUGCCGUCUAAAUAAGCAAAUAAAUAUUGGCUUUAACGUCUCGACGAAAUUUGAGGGUCGGAGGACAUUUUUGGAUUUCUUUGUUUUUGUUGUUAUGCUGCAAUUGUUAAUGGCUUCGGUGUGACACAAAGUGCUUGAUAACUUGGACUUGAAGUAGAUGAACUGGAGCAAUACGGAUACCAAAUAAGGUUUUAAUAUUGUGAAUGAAGCUUUCACCUAUACUUUGCGGAUGAUGGAUUUAAUGUUUUUGUGAAGAGUCGCUACACUUGCAGCUCACUCCUGCCUUGUUAUCUAAAGUUAUCUACACGAGGCAGGUCUGGACGGUCGGGUAAGGUGGUCGACACCAGAAUUAGCAUGACAGUUGACUUUGUGCAAGACGAGGAAUUACAGUAUACAAUCGUGUCAAAAUCUCACUGUCUCUCGCAUCUUUGGAAAAAUGGAUCAUAACAGAAAAUGUGCAGCACUUUCCAAUCAGUUUGGUUUAUUUAGUUGAUGGACUCUCAAGUUCAAGUAUAUUUAUUAAGAUAAGAAAGAAAUACAUCUCAAAGGGAUAGAGUAGCUUAGGCUAUUUCUACCCCCUAGGGGAUGGCCUCUCAUACCCAUCCUUUGCAUGACAGUAGAAAGAUCUGACAGCUAGAACCUAAAGGAGAAUAUGAUGGUGGUAAGAUGAUGGGGUGGGCAUGAUCCAAGAGUGAGAGUCGGGAUGGUUGUGUGGUGAUUGUCACUCUCCCCAGGUUGGGGCUGCCUGACACCCAGUCUAUAUACCCAGCUUCCCCACACCAAGUAUAGCCUCUCUUAUAAAUAUCACACAUGGCAUAACAAUUGUUAGAGAAAUUAAGAGCUCAACUUGGGUUGUGGUGGUGGAGGCUGUGGGACAUCAUGAGUGAAGGAGGCAAUAAAUGGCCAUGUGGAAGAUGUACUUACCUCAACUUUGCCAGUGCUGUGCGUUGCACCAUGUGUACAGUUCCUCGCUCACCUCAUCUCAUUGUGGAAGCUGGUGCAGAUAUCUACCAGCUUGCACCUCCAUCGCCAAGACAACCGGAUGGCCCACCACCACAAGAGGGAGACAAAUGGCUUUGUCACUUAUGUACCUACCACAAUUAUCCAAAAGCAGUGAGAUGUACACAGUGCCGCACACCACGCCUUUCGUUAGCUGACCAAAUGACCGGCCUUUCGUUGGCUAAACCUGCAUCUCCUUCACCAGUAAAUUCAGCUCCCACCACAACUCCUACCUCCAUUCCUGUUCUUAUUACAUUUGCCACUACAGCUACCACAACUACUGCUGCCUUAGUUACAUCUGCAGCUAAAACUGUAACCGCAGCCCCUACCACAGCCUCAAUCUCAACUGCUAACCAUAAUGGUGUGCAAAGUCCUAAUCAAGUUGUGACAGCACAGAUUAGUAGUGGUGUGCAGGGAGCAGGGGCAGGACAUCAAAGCCCUGGAGGAGGAACUCCACCGGGUGGAGCUGGUCGAUGUAGCCCUCAGGGGGCAGGUGUGACUCAGCCACAAACCCGCCACGAAACAGAACCAGCUGUUCCCAGUUACAAGUGGAAGUGUCGUGCAUGUACAUAUGAAAAUUGGCCCCGAUCAACUAGAUGUGUUAUGUGUACUACCCCUAAAGGUCUCAGUUCCCCUGCAGCCCAAUCUCAACCAGCCCGACUUGCUACUCCCCCUCCACCAGGUGACAGUAAAUAUAACAACAUUAGUGCAAAUAAGCUUAAAAAUCCAAAUGAAACGAGUGAAAUUCCAAACAAUGUUGAAAUUAUUCGUGAACCUAGUAAUUCCCAUCAAUCUGAAAAUAACGCAAAAAACAUGGAAAAUAUUAACGAGAUUAAUAAAUCGCGUAAUAGUGAGCCCCCUCAAGAACCGCAGCUGAUAUCCCAGAGAAAUUUAAACGAAUCUAAGGAGAAUCUCUCGAGUAUCUCCUCCAGUGUGGGUGGCAAUAAUGCUUCAGGUGCUGUUAGCCACCGUGUAGGGGAAGGAGCAAUGGCACUCAACAAUUACGAAACUGAACGACUGUUACGACAGCUAAGACGACGUCUACGGGAAGCAGAUUGGGCUUGGUUAAAUGCAUGUAAUGGAGUCGUGGAAGGCAACUAUGAACCAGUAGAAGCUUACUUGUCAGCCGGUGGAGAUCCGAUGAGGCAGCUCACUACUGCAGACGUAAAGCUUUUGUCACGCUCUUCUGCUUUUGAUGAAGGACAUACGCUUGUGCAUUUAGCCAUCAGGUUUGGCCGUGAAGAUCUUCUGGCUACAAUAUUGUCAAGAAUGGAUGGAGGAGGGACUGGAGUGAAGCGCGUUCCACCUUAUGUAGCACCAGACCUGGCAACUGAUAUUCGUCGGCACAUGUCUGCAUCUAUUCGUCAAAGAAAAGGAGCUUUCCCCUGUCAUUUUCUCUCUGAAUCUGUAACAUUCUCCCUGCCAGCAGAAAUAGAGGAUUUGCCAGUUAGUGUCCAGGAACAACUUUUUGAAGAACUUUUAGAUAGAGAUGCUCAGAAACAACUCGAAGAGGAUGCUCCUAUCAUUAAUUGGUCACUUGAGAUCACUGACAGACUUGGAUCAAGAUUGUAUGCACUAUGGAACCGCACAGCAGGUGACUGCCUCCUUGACUCAAUACUUCAGUCUACGUGGGGCGUGUUUGACAGAGAAAACGUUCUCAGACGAGCUUUAUCAGACAGCCUCUCGGAAGCUGCUCAUCUGUUCUACCCACGCUGGAAAGAAUAUGAACGUUGGCAGGCCCGCCUGUUAGACUACUAUGUUCCUGAAGGUCAGGUACUAGAAGAGUGGGCAGAGUUAAUCUGCCUGGCUUCACAACCUGGGGCUGCUUUGGAGCAGCUACACAUUCUAGUUUUAGCUCACAUCCUUCGAAGACCAAUCAUUGUGUAUGGUGUCAAGUGUGUCAAAAGUUUUCGUGGAGAAGAUCUGGGUUUUGCUAGAUUUGAAGGUGUGUAUCUACCACUACUCUGGGAACCAUCAUUUUGUUGGAAGUCGCCUAUUUCUUUAGGCUACACCCGAGGUCACUUCUCUGCAUUAGUUCCCAUGGAACCUGACUCUCCAGAUAAUUUAGGGGCCGGUGCAAUUUUAGAUGCUGGAGAGUCUCAGGUUGUAUUUCUUCCUUUGAUGACUCACGAUGCCAAACUUCUGCCUGUGCAUUUUCUCACACAAGCUGAAGUUGGUUGUGAGGAAACAUUACUAAGACAAUGGCUGGAGGUGUGUGUGAGCGAGGGAGGCGUACUGGUGGCCCAGCAGCAUCUCACUAAGAAACCACUAGCAGUAGCUCAAAUGACAGAAGAAUGGCUCAACCAUUACAGAAGGCUUGCGUAAGUCUGUCUCGGGGAACUUCUACAACAAAUGGAGUGUGCUCCCUACAACCGCCCAAUAGCAAGCCAGGGAUACUCUAGUGAUGGAGAUUCAGAAGAGGAAUAAUUCUGUGCAUUCUGUACAAUCUUUCCAAAAACCAGUACUUGUUCAUUUCUCUAGAUAUUGUUGUGGAGGUAGUAUUUUUACCCAGGAUAAAAAAAAGUACAGUAUGCUUUUCUUCCAUUUUUGAUGCAGUCAGCCCUCUCACCUCUACUACUGCUAUGCCUUUGUGAUGAAAGUUGAGUGUCCACUAACUAAGCAGAGUGUCUAAACCUGAAUCACUUCUAAGGAACCAGUGCAGAAAAUUUAGUAUUUUAAUGAAUUAAUGGAUACAAAUUAGCUAGGUUGAGUUAUUUUGGAUAUAAAAAUUUGGCACCUCUUUGGUCUAAGUGUAUUUACUGUGUGUAUAAUCACUCAAAAUAUUUUCCGUUUUCACUUAAAGUUAGAAAAUGUGUUUAUUCAAAAAUGCAGUAGUUUUCAUUGAAUUAUUUGGGCCAAAUUAUGUUUAGAAUUGUAAUAGUGUGUUUGAGGAGGGGUGGAGCAUUUUUGCUCGGACUACUCAUGUUUUGUUAUAUCUCGCAUGCAUUGACAAAGCCAAAUUAUUUAUCCUCCUCCUGUUAACAUGAUCUUGUUACCUGCACCAUAUCCACACAGUUCUUGAUUGAUAAAAGGUAUAUUGUUAAUAGCUGUCAAGUGUUUAGUGUCAUAGAUGUAAUGGCUUGCAUUACUUUUGUUAAAUAACAGGUAACAACUCUUCAGGCAAUUUUUGAAGUUAAUUCUGUGUAAGGAUGGUUUCAAGACUACCAACCAGAUUCUGAAAGCACUCUUAACUACUUAGAGUGCUUUCAGAAUCAUGCAUAUAUACAUACACGAGCAAUAAAUCAUUCAUUAACAUACACCGGCAAGAAUUGAAGUAGACUUUAACUGCCAAACUAAAGGAGUGCCAAAGACUUAUACUAUGAAUAUAAUGCCACACUUGGAAAUAAAGUAAUUAUUUAUAAUAAAUUUUAACAAGCCUGAGUUUCACAAUUGAUUAAUAAUUAAUUUGCUAGCAAUAUUUAGGAGUAAAAACAUACAAGAAAAUAAUAUUUGUAUGUUAUUCUUGGUUGCAUUUUUUAGUACUUAUUUUCCAACUUUUUCCCUAAAGAUAUUAGAACCAAAAGCCAUUGGUGUUAGGUAGACUUGUAGGGAAGCUCAGAAAAUAUGAGUAUUUUAUUCUGAAAGAUAUUCCUGUCGAGAAAAAUACUGUUUUAAUAUUGUUAAAGAAAAAAGAGGACAAGGGUGAGUUAGUUUGCUUGAAAGUACUGGUUGCAAAUGUUUUACAAUAAUAAUAAAAUGAAUAAAUUACAUAAAGUAUGAUCGUUUCAGUGUAGAUGGUUCACAUAUUUAGGGAAGGGGCUGCAGGGCCGAGAGUAUAUACCUAAUGACGACAACAUGGCUGUUAGGGCAGUGUGGAUAUCCAAUACAAAGUGUUUGCUAAAUAAAAGUGAAAAUGUUAACCGUCCAGUUACGGAAAGCUUGGUCAAGAAUGUUAGGUGAUGCAUACGGCUUUAAAUAUGAAGUAUUAUCAUUACUGUAGUAUACGCUGUUCAUUUAUGGACAUAGUGGCUGAAAAUGAAGCAGUUAAGAACACAAUUUCAUAACAUGCGCUAAUGUUGUAGAUGUAGCUGCUGCAAUCUUAUCAGAAAAUGUCAUAUAAAAAGUAGUACAAAUGGACUUCUUAAUAAUGUUAAUCAAGCUUAUAGACCUGACUGAUUAAGAUCUUCUCAGAAUUCUAACGUAUCUUAUGGAUAUGUCAGACGAGUGAAGACACAACACUGGCCAAGUAAUUAGGUUGUGGAAAAUGUGUGAAUUGUUCGUAUGCUUAGAAAAUACCAGCAUACAAAAGGUAUGCAGAUUCUUUUACAGUCCCAUAUACUGUGUUUCAUAUGGCAUUUCUAUUUGACCAUUUGUUAAGUGAAUGUCUUACAUUUAUUAUAUAAGUACUGUACAGUGUAAUGAUUGACGUGAAGAAGUAGCCUUAACUGGUAGUGAACAAAAUCAGGUGUUGCUGGACAAACCUUAGAUAAAAUAGAUCACAUACCUGAGUCUGUAACCAGUGAUGGACAGAAUUGUCAUGACUGUUCUCAUUAGACUUGCCCAGAGUUUAGUGACAUGUCAUGUCAAAUUUUUUAAUGCCUUCAGUAUCUUACUUCCAAGAUUAUUUUUCGUCAUUAUAGGAAAUGGCAAAAUCAAAUUGAUCUAACGAAUUUGCUCUAAUUAAAUUCUGUUUUGGCAGCUGUUUAUAGAUUGUGCUAUGAGGGGUCUUUCACACUACUUGGCUUGAUGGUUUUUCUAUUUAUACAAAAUACUCUGUUGAAAAUAAGAUACAUUUUCUCGUAUAUUUUCAUAGAUAAAUUGUAAGUUACUUACCAUCAUUGUUUAAAUUCUGAUUAAAAUUAAGCAUUUUAAAAAAUUAAAGAGGUCAAAUUGACUAUGUAUUCCACAAGAGUGAUCAAGACUGGGUAACUUUGGUUAGAGGAAGCAGUUUGUGUCCACACUCCUGGUAGUCCCUCAAGUUUAUAGUGUACGUUCAUUAUCCUCGGUGUAGUUAUACAUCAUCCAUUGAGUCGAGUCAUUUCAUCAUGAACAGAAUAUUGCUCUUUAUUUAUUUGGUUGUGAAUAGUUUAUCAGUAUUUUCUGAAUCCUGUCCUAGCAUUGAGUGGUAUGUUGUAGGCAAGCUAAUACGAUGCAUUUAAAUGUUCUAUAUUUAGGAGCACAAACUGAUAGCACUUUGCUCUUGCUACACAUACAGAUAUCUUUGAAAACGUUAAUGUCUCAAGUUGCCAAAGGAAAUUUGACUUAGUGUUUAUGGCUACCUAACCCAACUUUUAUGUUGUUCUUUUCCGUCCAGUUAGUUACAGUGAUUACACGUCUCUGUAAUUUAUAGUCCCUCAAAAUUUUAAUUUGAGUCUGUUUGAAAUAACUUGUCAUUUAUUAUGUACAUAUGUAUAGUUUACACAAAAUAUUUUUUCCUUAAUUUUCAUGAUAUUUCUGAAUAAAGUUUUUAUUUUGAUCCAUAUUGCAAAUGAAAAAUGAAACUAAGCAUAAUUCUUCAUGUAGUAUUUCUUUAGUUGUAUUUUAGAGUAAGUGAAGCAUUAGCAGUGUACGAGAGAGCUAGUGUACAACUUUAUAAAUCCCACUGAUAACCAAACUCUACGUGCUCCUUCAAGUGCAUUGUGGUAUAUAUAUAUAUAUAUUUGUAGCUUUAAUUUCUGCAUCAAUGUUCAAAAUUUUGAUUACUUAGAUUUUUCAUCAGUCAUUAAUGAUACAAAUUCUUAGUUCUGAGUACAGUAUAGUAUUGUAUUCAUACAAAAAUUCAAUCUUGUAAUGUGAGGACAUACAGGAGCUGCUUGUGUUAAUAAGGGUUGUAUUUGCAAGGUAGCACCUUCACAUUUCAUCAUCAUUCUCAGCUUCUCCAUGGUUACAGUACAAACCAAUAACACAGCAUGAUGAAAUUGUAGAACGAAAACCUUUAAUGGUAUUCAGUAAUUCUCGGCAUAUAUACAAACACAAACACGUGAGGUUAUUGAAUAUUUAUGGCUGAACGUUCUUGAUUUCACCGUGCCCAUUUUAGCUGUCAGAACUGUAAAGCUGAAUUUUGUAGCUUUGUCAGUGAAGUCCCAUAGUGUUAAUUUCUGCAUGUUUUUAAGCUGCCUGUGCAAAUUUUUUAAAGGAGUAGCAAUGCAUAAUUAAUAGAUGUUUGUAAACUUUCCUGUCUGCUAUUUUCUUGACAGGGUAAAGUUCAGAUAUUAACUGGAGAGUUAAAAGCUUCCAGUUAAGUAGUUAUUUUUAUUUUGCAAGACUCACUCCAAAGCAGUAGGGUGUCCCUUUGUCACCACCAUUACUUGGCUAGAGAAGCUGCAUCUGUGUUCAGUCUGUAUGUUAUCACCAAGUCUUAGAAAGCUAACUCAUACAAGUACAUCUCCAAUGGAUUGUUUACCAGAGAUUAUUGUUAUGUAUAUAUAAUGAGAUUAUACAGAUUGCUAAAAGUAAA